AAUACGCGACGACACACCGUCGACGGGCUGCGUGAGUUGCAUCAAUGUGUGUCCGUGAUUCGAUGCCACUAGGCUAUUUUUUAUCGGAAUAAUACUUGUGCAUACAUUUUUUUUUAAUUGUAUUUAUUUUUUAUUUAACGCACUCUUAUCAACACCGAACAGUGCUUUUUUUAUCACACAGGUUAACCUAUGAUCGUUACAUCAUCGACAAUCGUCGAAAGAUCGCGUUUUUAAAUUUUGAUAGACACACUGUUGUUAGAAUCAUAUACUCGUAGUUAUUAUAUCACUGACAGCCAUUAAAACAUGAAGUGCGUCGGGCUGCUCCUGGUGGCCGCCGUCUUGGGCGCGCUGUCCGCCGCCGACGGAGCCAACAUCCUCGGCGUGUUCCCCAUCAACGGCCGCAGCCACUGGGUGGUGUACGAGAGCGUGAUGAAGGCCCUGGCGGCGCGCGGCCACAACGUGACGGUGAUCACGUCGUUCCCGCAGAAAUCUCCGGUGGCCAACUACACGGACGUGGACGUGUCGGCGUCGUUCCCCCCCGCGAUGAACACGGUGGGCAUCGAAAUGGUGCUCAAAUACCUGUCCAGCGUGUUCGCCAACCAGUGGUUCAUCGCCGACCAUCAGAUGGGCAUCUGUCGGAAGGCCCAUAAGCUGCCCCAGGUGCAGGCGUUGAUGCACAGCGGCAUCGAGUUCGACGCGGUUUUCACAGAAAUAUUUGGAGCUGAUUGUGAUGUUGGUUUUGCAUACCAUUUCAAGGCACCCCUAUUGUCCAUCAUGUCCAGCUCACAUCUACCUUGGAGCUAUGACCGUGUGGGUGGCCCAGAUAACCCAUCUUACAUACCAACGAUCGUUACAAGAGCAGCUGGAAAAAUGAACUUUAAAGAACGAAUGAUCAACACUUUGUAUUAUAUAUAUUUCAAAUUAGCGUGGAAAUAUUACAGCGAGUGGCCAGCAAAUGAACUAUUAAAAGAGACCUUCGGACCGGAUACACCUCACAUCAAUGAAAUAGUUUAUAACACUUCCAUGGUGUUUGUCAAUGGCCACUUUUCUUUGGAUGGACCACGUCCCCUAGUCCCCAACAUGAUAGAAAUUGGUGGAAUACAUGUUAAACCCCCCAAGCCCUUACCUAAGGACAUAUUGAAAUUUAUCGAUGACUCGCCGAAUGGAGUUAUGUUUUUCACAUUUGGUUCUCUGAUUCGUAUAUCUACACUACCACCAAAUGUAUUACAAAUGUUUAAGGAUGUAUUUGCAAAAUUACCCAUCAGAGUCUUAUGGAAAUAUGAAGCAGAAAUGCAAGAUAAACCUGAUAACGUGUAUAUAAGCAAAUGGAUGCCUCAAAGAGAUAUUUUGAGUCAUCCAAAAGUUCGCCUGUUCAUGACCCACGGUGGACUGUUAGGAGUAAUUGAAGCUGUACACUCAAGCGUACCAAUCAUUGGUAUACCGUUUUUCUUCGAUCAACCUAGAAAUAUAUUAAAAUUGGUAGAAAAAGGUUCAGGUAUUAUAUUGGACUAUGAAACGAUGACGAAAGAUAUUCUAUACAAUGCUAUUACAACAAUAAUUAACAAUAGCAGUUACGCUACAAAUGCAAAGAAACUAUCAAAACGGUUCAAAGACAGGCCCUUGAAUGCAACGGAAACUGCUGUCUACUGGACAGAAUAUGUAAUAAGACACAAAGGGGCGAAACACUUGAGGACCGCGGCUGUUGGAAUGCCUUGGUGGAAGUACUACUUAGUUGAUGUCAUCAGUUUUAUCAUGCUAAUCAUUUUUUCUGUAUUGUACUCAAUUUACUUCGUGCUCAAAACUAUCUACAAAAAAUUAUUCAAAAAAACCAUACCCAAAAAGAAGGAAAAGAAAAAUUGAAAUAUUAAAUUCGUAUUAUACCUGAAUUACUAUACAGUACAAUACAAUAUCGUACAAAAUCAUUUAAUCGUAUUUUGUUUUAUGAUUCGUUUUAUUUCAACAGUGUAAGAUUAAAUCAAAGUUACAUAUUUUUAUAAAUGCCUGAACCUAAAUAAAAACUUAUAAAAGGUAUACAUGAAUAUUAUUAUUUACUAAUUCAUUCAGUUUUAUACUAAUUGAAUUUGAAUCUAAGUUAGGUCUGUCUUAAAAAAUUUUUAUACAUAACGAUAAGUAACUUUACUGUAGCAAUGUGAACAAAUGGCAUGUGCUUUUCAUAUGCUUACCUAUGUGAAAUAUUCUAAUUGUAUACGCAACUUUUAGAAUUAUUAAUAAACAUAAAAUAACUACUUCUGUAUAUAA